CCAGGAGGCCAAGGAGGAGGCGUGUGGCUGGGGGCUGCCGGCAGGAAGCUGGGGACAGGACCCGACGCUCCGAGCAGCGGGCAUCCCCACUACAGGCAGAGGCGCCAGUAGUCAGGCGGGAUGUGCCUCUGAGGGCCACGGCGAAGUGCCCCCACCAUGGCCCCAAGGACCCUCUGGAGCUGCUACCUCUGUUGCCUACUGACCACAGCUGUGGGGGCAGCUAGCUACCCUCCUCGCGGUUACAGCCUCUACAGGGGGACCGGUGGGGCCCUCAGCCCUGGGGGACCCCAGGCCCAGAGCGGCCCUCGGCCUGCCAGCCGCCACAGGAACUGGUGUGCCUAUGUGGUGACUCGGACAGUGAGCUGUGUCCUUGAGGAUGGAGUGGAGACCUUCAUCAAGCCCGACUACCAGCCCUGUGGCUGGGGCCAGCCCCAGUGUCCCCGCAGCAUCCUCAUGUACCGCAGCUUCCUCCGUCCUCGCUACCGCGUGGCCUACAAAACAGUGACAGAUAUGGAGUGGAGGUGCUGCCAGGGGUACGGGGGUGAUGACUGUGCUGAGAGUCCGGCCCCAGGGCUGGGUUCUGCACCUACCACACCACACCCUCGACCCCAGCCUGGCCGCCCCAACCUCUCCGGCUCCAGUGCAGGAAGCCACCUGAGUGGACUAGGGGGCGAAGGUCCUGGGGAGUCAGAGAAGGUGCAGCAGCUGGAGGAGCAGGUACAGAGCCUGAAAAAGGAGUUGCAGGGCCUUCGGGGUGUCCUGCAGGGACUGAGUGGGCGCCUGGUGGAAGAUGUCCAGAAGGCUGUGGAGACGGCCUUUAACGGGAGGCAGCAGCCAGCAGAUGCAGCCGCCCGCCCUGGUGUACACGAAACCCUCAGCGAAAUCCAGCAGCAGCUGCAGCAACUGGAUAAGCGUGUCUCCACCCACGACCAGGAGCUGGGCCAUCUCAACAACCAUCACAGCGGUGGUGGUGGCGGUGGUGGCAGUGGUGGCAGAGCCCUGGACCCAGCCCCAGCGUCUCCUGGCUACAACGAGGAGCUGCUGCGGGAGCUGGAGCAGCGGCUGCAGGAGUCCUGCUCUGUGUGCCUGGCGGGGCUAGAUGGCUUCCGCAGGCAGCAGCAGGAGGACAGGGAGCGGCUGCGAAGACUGGAGAAGCUACUGGAGGAGCGGCAGCGGCAGCUCGCAGGGCAGGCUGUGGGCCGCAGGCCCCCUCAGGAAUGCUGCCCUCCAGAGCUGGGACGGCGACUGGCAGAGCUGGAGCGGAGGCUAGAGGUCGUGGCUGGUUCAGUGACAGUGCUGAGUGGGCGGAGAGGCACCGAGCUGGAAGGUGCAGCCGGGCAGGGGGGCCAUCCCCCAGGCUACACCAGCUUAGCAUCCCGCCUCUCCCGCCUGGAGGACCGAUUCAACUCUACCCUGGGUCCCUCGCAGGAACAGGAGGGCUGGCCUGGGCAUCCUGGGGGACUGAGCCACUGGUUACCUGCUGCCCGGGGCCGACUAGAGAAGCUGGAGGGGCUGCUAGCCAAUGUGAGUGGGGAGCUGGGUGGGCGUCUGGACCUGCUGGAAGAGCAAGUGGCAGGGGCUGUGCAGGCAUGUGGGCAGCUCUGCUCUGGGGCCCUGGGGGAGAAGGACUCCCAGGUCAGCGAGACCCUCAGUGCCUUGGAGCGCAGGAUGCUAGACAAUGAGGGGCAGUUGCGGCUGGUGAUCUCCGGCCUGCACAAGGUGGGAGCAGCUGGGGAGGCCCGGCAGGCCACCCUGGAAGGACUUCAGGGGGUCAUAAGCCAGCUCAAGGGUCGUGUCGAUGCUCAGGAUGAGACAGCUGCAGAGUUCACACUUCAGCUGAAUCUCACAGCUGCACGGCUGGGCCAACUAGAGGGUCUGCUGCAGGCCCGUGGGGAUGAGGGCUGUGGGGCCUGUGGUGGUGUCCAGGAGGAACUGGGUCGCCUUCGGGAUGGUGUGGAGCGCUGCUCCUGCCCCCUGCUACCUCCACGGGGCCCUGGGGCUGGCCCCGGUGUUGGGGGACCAAGCCGUGGGCCUCUGGAUGGCUUCAGCGUGUUCGGGGGCAGCUCAGGCUCAGCUCUACAGGCCCUGCAAGGAGAGCUUUCCGAAGUUAUUCUCACCUUCAGCUCCCUCAAUGACUCAUUGCAUGAGCUCCAGACCACUGUGGAGGGCCAGGGCGCUGAUCUGGCUGACCUGGGAGCCACCAAGGAUCGCAUCAUCUCUGAGAUUAACAGGCUGCAGCAGGAAGCCACAGAACACGUUAUGGAGAGUGAGGAGCGUUUCCGAGGCCUGGAGGAGGGACAGGCACAGGCUGGCCAGUGCCCCAGCCUAGAGGGGCGAUUGGGCCGUCUGGAGGGAGUCUGUGAGCGGUUGGACACUGUGGCCGGGGGACUGCAGGGCCUACGCGAGGGCCUUUCCAGACAUGUGGCUGGGCUCUGGGCUGGAUUACGGGAAACCAACAGCACCAGCCAGACACAGGCAGCCCUGUUAGAGAAGCUGCUGGGGGGGCAAGCUGGCCUGGGAAGGCGGCUCAGUGCCCUGAACAGCUCACUGCAGCUCCUGGAAGAUCGGUUUCACCAGCUUAGCCUGAAGGACCUCACUGGGCCUGCAGGUGAGGCUGGGCCCCCAGGGCCUCCUGGAGUACAGGGACCCCCAGGCCCUGCUGGGCCUCCAGGAUCUCCCGGCAAGGAUGGACAAAAGGGGCCCAUUGGGCCACCAGGUCCCCAGGGUGAACAGGGAGUGGAGGGGGCACCAGCAGCCUCUGUGCCCCGGGUGGCCUUUUCCGCUGCUCUGAGUUUGCCCAGGUCUGAACCAGGCACAGUGCCCUUCGACAGAGUCCUGCUCAAUGACGGGGACUUCUAUGAUCCAGAGACUGGCGUGUUCACAGCGCCACUGGCCGGACGCUACUUGCUGAGCGCGGUGCUGACCGGGCACCGGCACGAAAAGGUGGAGGCCGUCCUGUCCCGCUCCAACCUGGGCGUGGCGCGCAUCGACUCGGGCGGCUACGAGCCCGAGGGCCUGGAGAAUAAGCCGGUGGCCGAGAGCCAGCCCAGCCCGGGCGCCCUGGGCGUCUUCAGCCUCAUCCUGCCGCUGCAGGCCGGGGACACGGUCUGCAUCGACCUGGUCAUGGGGCAGCUGGCGCACUCGGAGGAGCCGCUCACCAUGUUCAGCGGAGCCCUGCUCUACGGGGACCUGGAGCUGGAACAGGCGUCCGCAGGCGGCUGGGCCCGACCGGCCUGAAGUGUCUAUGCCUGCUAAAGAGCCAUCUGGGGCGGCGGGCUGCCCGCCCGGGCUGGGCACUGCCUGCGCACCCCGGCUCCGGGGCGAAUCUCCCUCUCCA